GCUUCCUCGAGAAGGGGGAGAACGUAGGAUGUUCUAGUAGGUCGACGAAGAACGUUGUUAAUCCUCUCGAAAGACCUCGACAAGGUCACCCCGGCAUCACCCUGGCUAACGACCUGUCCGGAGGUACCGGGGGUCCCGGUUCAGGCGGCGUCGGUUCCGUCGGUGGCACCUCCGUCGGCGGAGGUGGUGGCGGCGGUUCCUCUCUGCCGACCACCGCCUUGAGCCUCGAUCAUCAACAGUUCAACAUAUUUCCGGCGAUCUUCAGCCGUCAGUUGAACUUUUCCGCGGCGGCUGCCGCCAACUGCGGUCAGAACAAGCUGAUGGACGAGUUAAGGCCGAACCUUGGAUUGCUCGGCGUCGGCCUCGUCGAGAACGAAAGCUUUCAUCUGAAUCACAAUCAAGAGAAGAGAAAGUGUAGCAGCACCAGCUCGAACGAGCAAGAUUUUAGUCUGUACGGGGUACAUCAGGGACUUGAAGCCAGCCCGCCAACGCCCGCCGCGACGCCCGGAAGGAGCAGCGUCGGGGCGACAUCCACCGUUGGGGCGGAAGGGGCUUUCAAAAAGUUAAAACCCGACCCUUGUGCUUCGAGUCCUCACAUCGGUCAUACUCCUACCACCGCCAGUUGUCCAACGCCUGCUCGACGACGGCACAGGACUACUUUCACACAGGAGCAGCUGGCAGAAUUGGAAUCGGCAUUCGCAAAAUCUCAUUAUCCGGACAUAUACUGCAGGGAGGAAUUGGCGCGGUCCACCAAAUUGAACGAAGCCAGAAUUCAGGUCUGGUUUCAGAACAGAAGGGCGAAAUAUAGGAAACAAGAAAAACAACUGCAGAAGGCAUUGACUCCAAUUCCGGCUUGCCAAGGUGCCAUGAUGAGGAAUAUCUAUCCUGGUGCUAGCAGAGGAUAUCAGCCGUACCCUCAUCCUCACAAUAGCAUAAAUGGAAUAAAUCGCUAUCCCCAGAUGGGCACAACGUCCUAUCCAAGUAUGACCCAACCAUUCUCUAUGUCGCAUUCAGCGUCGAAUAUGUCUGCAGUUACCGGUAUGAGACAAGAUGCAAUGGGAAUGUCAGCCGAGGACGAAUGGUACAACAAGAGUAUCUCUGCUCUGAGAAUGAAUACAGCUCAUCACCCUAAUCUAGCUGCUCCGAUGCUGCAAUAUCAAACAUAAUUGUAAUCCUAUAGAAAUUCGAACACAAUUAUUUGAGUGUGCAUCCAUGUUGCGAGACAAAUUCUCGGCACCGUUCAAAUGUGUUGCUUAAACGAGACAAAGGAAAAAGCUCGUUUAAACGAGCACGUGAGAGGAAGAUAGCGAAGGGAAAAAUAAAACGAAGGGCGUUUUGAAAUUUUCGAUAGGACUUACCAAGAGUAUCGAUAUUAUGAUAAGGAAUUUCAGCAUUGAUUAUUCGCGCUCUCGUUCAUAAUCGUCUGACGUUUCUAUCGUAAUGUUAACGAUAUUUUUGGUAAAUUAACAUUGUUAAUAUCAUUUGAUAUUGGUUAUUUAAGAGUAUUCGUGUGCGCCGCUAUACAUACACGCGAGUGGUACGUAUAUUCAAAUUAAGUACACAUAUUCGCACCAUACACCUAAUUAUUAGUGAAAACGUUUAUGUACAGUAGCGAGCAUGGAGGCUUUCCUAGAGGAAAUGGUACUUUAGGGGAAAAAAGCUUCACCACUCGCGUGGCGCUAUUAUUAGUAUUUUUUUUAGAUUUUGAAACUUCCAAAUUUUAGUUCUGAAACUUCAACAUUUGAAUUUGGGAAUUUUUCUCUAUAGUACCUUUUUCUCUAAGGAAGUCUACCAUGCUCGGUACUGUACAGAAACUUUAAUUAUUCUGUACAAAGUAUAACGUAUCUUCAUAUUAUUUAUCAAUUUGUUUUUUAAAUUCAUUCGUAGGCUCGAUAUUUCACUGUCAAGUUAAAAAUUCUUUAUUCUUUCUUUUAUAUUUCGUUAUUGGUGUAUAAAGUUUCGAUGUUAAGCGACUAGGAAAGUAUUUUGUUGUUUUGCAUAUUUAUAGUAUAUGCAAAAAGGAAGUGGAACCAGACACAUUCCACGCGAAUCUUUAGUUUCUCAACAACGAUUUAAAAAAAAGAAAGAAAUGAGACACAUUUUCGUUAAUGAAGAUUGUAAAUAAAAGCGAGGGGUACAUACACACACUGUAAUCGACAGAUAUCCUAGAAUAUGCGAUUUUUCAAUGUCCUUUUAAAAAUGUAAGCAUACCUACCCUUAGUGGAAAUAUUAGGCAUUGAUUUGUGUGCUUAUGUUGGCCAGAAUUUGAAAUAGAGGGUGGGAGGGCUGAACAAGGGUGAAUAAUACCUUGCGUUCAAAAUUUGAGAGGCGCCAGGGGUUCGAUUAUAAAUAUCAAAUUAUUUUUUCUCAUACGAUAGAAUUAUUUUAAUAAGGGAACAUAGAAAAAU